GUAGACGAAGAGAAGAUUUAAAAAAAAAACUAUUUCGAAUCAAUUCAGCAAAAAAAAACACAAAAUAUCGCAGUUUAAAACGAAGUUUAAGAAAUUAUCAAAAAAAAAUAUCGAAAAUUUGAAAGCAUAAUCGCAGUAAGGCGUGACGUGGAUUAAAACAAAAACCAACCCAUUUCCUCCCAAAAAAAAACUCAACACCAUCUCUCCAAACCAUCAGCAGCAAUAGUACCGGGAAGCAGCAGCAGCAGUGUCGUCAAUAGCAUAACUGUGAAAUAGAAGCAGCAGCAGCAGCAGAAGAAGAAGAAGAAGAAACACAAAAUCAAACCAAACAGUGUUUUUUUAUCAACCGACUACUAAAGCAGAUAGCAGAGCAGUCGAGAAGGCGCGCGCAAAACAAAAAAAAACCCAAACACAGAAAGAUCAGUCAGACAUCACAACAGCAACAAGAAGAAGAAGAAGAAGAAGAAGAAGGAGGAGAAGAAAAAUCUCAGCUCAGCAAAAUCUACACUCAGUACUCAGCGAAGAAGUGGCAAGCAGCAGAAUAUCUACCAGCUACAGUUGAGGGCGCGAGUGAUCGUGCCUGAAGUCCUCCAGCAGCAACAGUAGCAGCAGCAAACCGAACAACAAUAUCAUCAUCGGAGCUUAGUGUGUGACCAUCAAACCGGCAGCGUUGCAUUGGAUUACCCCACUCAACUCAGAGCAUAUUCCCGGCCAGUGCCAGUGCCAGUGCCCUAGUGUUGCGCGGCAGAGUGCAGUGAAGCGGUUAUCAGCCAUUACGAGCGUGUACGUGUGGCCGCGCGUGUGUGUUAUUAAAACGGGUGUCGUCUAAGUCCGGGCCGAAGACGAAAGGACCCCCGGAAGGCAAGAAGCUUCAAGAAGAAAAAAAAACAAGCAGGAUAGGGAAGCAAAAACCAGCAGCAUGUUCCGACCCACCAUCACCGGAACACCGGAUUCGCCUCUCCGCACGUUCGUCAUCCGCGGUGCCUUGGGAGAGUGCGUCUCCACCACCUGCGUCGCGUCAGUGUUGCGACGAUAGAGAAGGAGAGAUACAAACGAAAACUUGUUGUUCUUGGUUUUACCAAACAAAAAACACUACACAAAACACACAACACCCAAUACAAUGCAUUUAAGUUCGAACUCUUUCGUUGGCUCGGUGCGUAGCAGUAAACGCACCAACCACCACUAAACCAUUCAAUACUAUAAAACGACUAUAUAACAAGUGUGUGUGAAACAUGUUCUCAAAAUGCGGCAAAACGGCAAACUCUUGUAAUAAGAUAGUUGUAUAAAGGCAAGACACAGUAAAAAUAUAAAUAUACUCGUAUGCAUUUAAAAACAAAACCUAGACACUCCAUCGUGUAAAAAAACAAUCGUUCCAACAGCCAUUCCGCGGUGCCCCCUGUGAUCGCGUGAAAACCGAAAGUGAUCGCGGUGCAGCUUAAAAAAAAAACAAAAAAUGUGCAAUUUGCGGCCGGUAGCAUAAGGUAGCAAAAACCGGCUCUCGCUACAACAUCAUGCCGGCGUGCUCGUUGGGCUUUAACGAUUGGAAGAAACAGUUGCGUUCAAAUCUGUUGCCAGGGUUACUAAGGGACGAUCGACGACGGUCGCCAGUGCCCCCAGUGAGUGAAAAACUAUGUGAAACGAACCUUGCUGCCAGUAGCAAGCGUCGAAGAAAGAAGCAAUGUCUGGUGUACGUCGCUGAGCAGAUGAUAAUGACGAUUGGUUAAACCACCACGCACCAAUUGGCGGACACUACCUCCCCCAAAGACUCCGCGGAGGUCUGAUUGAUCGGCAUUUUCUUCGAUGAUCCACGGCCGUAAACGACGAGCAGAUGAGGAGGCGGCUGUCGGUUUAGGCGUGAUCGCACCACUACGAACCAGUUUAUCAUGUUAUUCCCCCACAACACGAGACACGAACAGCAGCACCAGCAGCAGGACCAUUCUGUACCAAUCGGCCACCAAGGAGACGACGGUUUAUCGUCGCCAUCGUUGUCGUCGUUAUCGUGGUCGUUAUCGCGGUUUGCCAGCUAGUGGUUCCUUUGCGAGCGUCGUCGUUGUUCUCGUGUGUGAGUUUUCCGUUCGGUGUCCCAAACACCACCCAACACCCUCACCCCACAUCCCUUCCGUCCACGAAGGAAGUGCUUCAGUUCAGCGAGUCGCUAGGAACUCGGGCAAUUUUUUACUAAUGCAAAAGCGCCAUUCGCCGGUGAGGGCAAACCACCAGCAAACAACACACUCGGCCCGACCAACAACCAUCACGCCCCUUGCGGUGCAGCGUUUGGUGAAGAAGUGAAACUUCGGUUCGGUUCGCAAGGCAAAGAAAAGAAGAAACAUUACACACACGCGAAAACAAAAAAACCCAAAAUUGCCGUAGUGCAGUUAGUCAAUGUGGGGUCUGAUUUGAAGGCAAAAACCCGAAAAACCGAUAAUAAUAACCGCCGAAACCGAAUAUCAAGUCUGAGUGGAAAAUCUAGUUCGCUGUCGAUACUGUCGAGCUGGAAAAG